AUGCAAAACGGCACCUCCAACGGCCCAUCACCCCAGGAUGAACGUGUAACGCCUGUAUCUGAUUUGACACCCCUCAGCGGGUCUUUAAUCGAAAGCUCAUCGGAUUCUGCCCCGCACGAGCCAAUUCCUUCCAAGCCGAAAGACGUCGAAGCUGCUCAUCAACCGGAAGAACCCCCAUCGAAGAAACGAAGACUCACAGAUUCCUCCUCGUCGCAACGUUCCACUCCUAGACCACCAUCCCCGCCUUGGAAAAAGGCUGGCUUUGAGGGACCCACAUCGUUCUUCUCUGAAGGCAAGCGUAGGUCUUCGCGGACAAAUGCCGUCCCAAUCGAGCUUCAACCUGGGUCGGACAAGAGACACACGCGGGGGGCUCAGAGUAAGAAUGUUGGCAAGUCUGCUCGUGAUGGGAGCAAGCCAGCUACAUCCUCGCCGCUAUCAGUAACGCAGUCACGCGCCGACGUCAAUGGGAAACUGGGUGGAAAGGUCACUGCCAAUGGAUCGCCCAGAGCGCCAUCGCGCGCGAGCGCCAACAAGCCGCCGCGUAUCUCACAGACUUCAGCACCAAAACCAAGUUAUUCGCGCACCAAAUCUCGCAGCUCGGCUACCCUUCCUCGCCUUUCUAGUACCAACGUGAACGGUACUAGUUCUCGCUCGCUGCGCGAUCGCCCAUUCCUUUCGAAUCUAUCACAUGAGGUCGACAGAGCUUCAGAUGAUACCAGCGUGGAUGACAGGGAACUCGAACAAAGGUCGUUGAAAAUUCCAAAACUGCGCAUUAAAUUGAACAAGCCUGUCCUUCCUAUUCGACACCCCGGUCACAUACCGCAGCGGAAAUUUACAUCUUUCAGAGAAUGGGUAUACCAAAACGACACUGCGAAUAUAUUGUCAGAGGAUGAGGCCGCGGUUGAGGCACGCAAACGGCUCGAAGUUGUGACUGCCGCUGAGCCCGGUGGACCGUUGAGCGCGCAAGUUUGCUCGGCAUACAUAACGGAACAGCAAGAGGAACCUCCCCCACAAUACUCGCAUCAGGAUCACUUGGUUUCCCAUGCGCUCUAUUUCCAGAAACUCCUCGAUAAAGAACACAAACGCCACCGGCAAACAGCCAAAUUAUUUGCGCAGUGGUGUGCUGACGCUUACCGGAAAUGCCACAAGAACCCCGAAGACAUUCUCCGUGAGCAGCAGGAGGAGAUGCGUGGGAAACGCAAGCAGCUAUCAAAGGAUCUUCAGAAGAUGUUCGACUUGACCCGUGCUGACAUUGAUCGGGUCCGCCUAGCACGUUGGGAAGAAGAGCGGAAGAUGGAAGACCAGCAGGCUCUUGAUCGCGCUAUCAAAAAGUCUACUAUGCUCUUUGAGAAGCGUCGAUCGGAGAUUUUGGGUGAAUUGCCCAGUGAUGCUCCGGUGACAAGUGAUGAUGAGGAUAAUGCAUCGGGCUUCUCUUCUGGCCUAGACGAAGAAGACGAGAGUAACAUGUCAGAAUCUGAGUCUGGAACCGACGACGAAACCAAUGUGGACGAUGAUGCCACAUUGACCGCGGAAGAGCUCCGGCGGAAGUACGCCAACUUACCGGCUGAGGACUAUACCGACCGGACUUCUAUAGCCUCGGGCAGCACGGCAAUGACCAACCCCAACGAAUCGUUGAACCCCGAAGCUGUUCUAGAUGGCCUCGAUUCAAACGCUAUCCUCGAAGAUACUCAGCUAGAUGACGUUGAUUCAGUGUUGAUGGAUGAUAGUGAUGCCUCCACAGACAUGGAUGAUGAUAUGGGUGAUAGUGACGAAGACGAAGAAGAUUUAAGUGACGAGGAGUCAGAUGAGGAUGAUGAGACCAGAUCUGGCUUGCUGGGUUUCUUCUCGAAGAAUGAAACUCCUGUGCUAGAAGAUGGCGAACAAGCUUCAGCUGUUGGCCAUGAACAAGACAUUGAUAGUAAAUCGGCAUCUGGGGGUGAAGAUGACGUUGAUUUCGAAGAUCAAGAUGAAGUUUCUCUCGUGCCAAUUAGACCAAUGACCAGCGAGGGCACUUCAACGGAAGGCACACCUUUCUAUAUCGCCAAUGCUUCUGAAACCUCUCCUGCCACUGGAGGAGAAACACCUGCCAUUGACACCCCGAUGGAAGAAGAGCUUGCCAAAGUCGAAGCUGAGGAUGCCGCCACUGCUGCCCCCGCGGAUGACAAUGAUCACCCCCAGCCUAUGGAGUUAGAUCACGUUCAUGACGGCCGACUGAGCGGGGAGAUGUCUAGUGAGCCAUCGCCGGGAACCUUUGCAACCAAGCCAUCCGAGCCUGAGUCGGUCUCAUCGCUUGAACCUACAAUCGAAAAGGCAUUGCAAAUAAGCCACUCACCUGCCCCGGGCUUACAGACACCCAUUCCACACAUCCUGCGUGGCACACUACGUGAAUAUCAACACUACGGAUUAGACUGGCUUGCGGGUCUCUAUAAGAACCAUAUCAAUGGUAUCCUGGCAGAUGAGAUGGGUCUGGGCAAAACCAUUCAAACCAUUGCCCUUCUUGCCCAUCUUGCUGUGGAGCAUGGUAUCUGGGGGCCUCAUUUGGUUGUUGUCCCCACAAGUGUCAUGCUCAACUGGGAAAUGGAGUUCAAAAAAUGGUGCCCGGGGUUCAAGAUCAUGACUUACUACGGCAACCAAGAAGAACGCAAACAGAAACGCCGAGGCUGGACAGAUGACAACGCCUGGAACGUGUUGAUUACAUCGUAUCAACUUGUUUUGCAGGACCAAAUGUCUCUCAAGCGAAAGGACUGGCACUACAUGAUUCUUGACGAAGCACACAACAUAAAGAACUUUCGCUCACAGCGGUGGCAAGCCCUUCUUACGUUCAAGUCCCGUGCCAGGCUUCUCCUAACGGGUACACCACUCCAGAACAACCUCACAGAACUGUGGUCUCUUCUGUUCUUCUUGAUGCCUUCUGAUGGUACUAACGGUGGCGUUGAUGGGUUUGCUGAUUUAAAGGAUUUCUCUGAAUGGUUUCGGCGCCCUGUUGAACAAAUUCUGGAACACGGCAGGGAAACUAUGGACGAAGAGGCCAAGGGUGUUGUCACCAAACUUCACACUGUUCUCCGCCCGUAUCUUCUUCGUCGACUGAAGGCCGAUGUCGAGAAGCAAAUGCCUGGCAAGUACGAACAUGUGGUUUAUUGUAGGCUAUCGAAGCGUCAACGAUAUCUCUACGACGGCUUCAUGUCGAUGGCCCAGACCAAGGAGACGCUCGCGUCCGGAAACUUCCUCUCCAUCAUCCACUGUCUGAUGCAACUCCGUAAAGUGUGUAACCACCCCGAUCUCUUUGAAACCAGACAAAUCUCCACCUCUUUUGCAAUGCCGCGGUCUGUGGCUAUGGAUUUCAAUCUCAAAGAAUCCCUCGUUCGACGACGACUUCUCUUUGAACAUCCACUCACUAAGAUCGACUUCGAUUUCCUCAACCUUGCACCCGUGUCACGGGAAGACAUCUCACGACGGCUGGCCGACGAUAGUAUCCGGCUGAUGGCUAUUGGCCCGUUCAAGUCUCUUCGGGAACGCCAGUACAACCGAACCAAUUGGGAGAUGGAGUUUGAUGGGUCCAAUAUGCAGACCGUCUUAGAGUCAUUGGAGAAUGCAUGUCGCAAGAGGCGAAUGGCGGAAUUGGAGCGGUGUCUCUACUUCGAGUCCAAGCGGCACGGCCGUCGGCCCAUAUACGGUUGCAGCCUUGUUGAAUUCCUUCGGGCCGGGACCAAGGAACACGCGCUAUCCAAUGCACCGCUGCGGAAGCGCUCAAUGGCCGACUGGUUGUCAAGCCGGUCAUCUGUCCUCGCGUCGAUAAUUCUGACCGUUGAGGAACGGGCGCUUGAGAUGCAUGGCUAUGUCCAGAGAUUCGCCUGCGUCACCCCCGCUGCCGUCGCCGCGGGCAUGAACGAAGCCGCCCUGACCCCCGUCGAGACCCGGCUUUUGACGAAUAAUCGCCCAAAUCCGCCUUACGAUCCUUUUCACGAAGCACGGAUGCGUCUUUCUAUUGCAUUCCCGGAUAAGAGAUUGCUUCAAUACGACUGUGGCAAACUGCAGCGCCUUGACAAACUCCUACGUGACCUCAAAGCUGGUGGUCAUCGAGCCUUGAUCUUCACUCAAAUGACCAAGAUGCUCGAUAUCCUCGAACAGUUCCUCAAUAUCCAUGGCCAUCGCUAUCUCCGACUCGACGGAACAACGAAAGUCGAGUCCCGGCAGAUGCUCACGGAACGAUUCAAUAGCGACCCCCGCAUCCUCGCUUUCAUCCUAUCGAGUCGAUCUGGUGGUCUCGGCAUCAAUCUCACGGGCGCCGACACGGUCAUCUUCUACGAUCUAGACUGGAACCCAGCCAUGGACAAGCAAUGUCAGGAUCGCUGCCACCGCAUCGGUCAAACACGGGACGUUCACAUCUACCGCUUCGUAUCCGAGUAUACCAUUGAAUCCAACAUCCUCCGCAAAGCUAACCAGAAGCGCAUGCUCGACGAUGUCAUCAUCCAAGAAGGCGAGUUCACCACAGACUACUUCACCAAGCUAAACGCGCAAGAGAUAGCCGAACCCGACGAGCGUGACGGGCAAGACGAAGCAAGUGCUGCCAUGGACCGAGUCCUUGGUAACCGCGUUGGCGGCGGAACCCGGGUCUUCGAAGCUGCCGAGGACAAGGAGGAUCUGGAUGCGGCAAAGAACGCUCAGAAAGAACAGGAGCAUGCCGACGAUGGCGACUUCGAGGAGCACAGCACUUCGCACGGAACACCGGCCCAGGUUGGAACACCCUUGGUGGAAGACACCGAGCCGGUUCCGCUGCAGGUGUCUGACCCCGAUGCAGAAUUGCAGCCUGGUCACAUUGAUGACUAUCUUUUGCGCUUCAUGGAGUGGAAUAUGAGGGAUGAACCCCUGGUUCUGCCAGCGGAUAAAAGUAAGAAGAAGUCCAAGAAGGGCAAGGAGCACCAUCUCAAGAGGCGUCGCUAG